AUGGAGGGAGCAGAGACUCAGACGCCGCUGGUGUGUCCUGGACACACGCGUGGAGUAGUUCAGGUUUCAUUCAGUCAUCCCACCCCCGAUGGCGUCUUUCUUAUCUCUGCUUGUCUGGACGGCAAGCCAAUGCUUCGACGAGGAGACACGGGGGACUGGGUCGGGACUUUCGAAGGACACAAGGGAGCAGUGUGGUCAGCUCGCUUGGACAGACCGGCACUGAGAGCUGCGACGGGAUCUGCAGACUUUUCUGCUCGGCUGUGGGAUGCGCUGACGGGCGAUCAGCUCCAUGACUUCAACUGUGGGCAUGUCGUCAAGUCUGUGGACUUCUCCCCUGAUAGCCACCAGCUCCUCUGCUCAGGAAAAUUCAAGAAGUUGAAAGUCUUCGACCUUGAGAAGCUCGCUCCCGUAGCAGAGCUGGAGGGACACACUGUGGGCGUCAAAUCUGCUCUGUUCCUUCCCUGUGGCACAAAGGCGAUCAGCGGCGGAGAGGACAAGACGCUGCGAGUGUGGGACCUCAAGAGCAACACACAGAUCAAAACCGUAGAGGUGCAGAAGGAGAUCACAAGCAUGCAACUCUCUUACGACGGAGAGAUUGUGACUGUCACCGCGGGAACGCAGGUUCAUUUCUGGGGAACAAAGGAACUUGAUAUGAUCAAGAGCUUGGACUGUCCUAUCGUGAACCCAACACUAGGAGGAAGUGCCAAAGUGAAGGAUAUUACUUCAGCAUCUUUAUCGCCAGACAGGAGACGCUUCAUUGCUGGAGGUCCUGCUGAUCAGGCUUGGCCGGAUCCCUGGGUCCACGUGUUCAACUUCGAGAACGGGGAGGAGAUCGAAUGCAACAAGGGUCAUCACGGGCAUGUGUGGGACGUUGCUUUCGCACCGGACGGAGAGACAUACGCGAGCGGUGCGGAUGAUGGAACCAUCAGGAUCUGGACGACGGAGCCUGGCAAGCAUGACGAUUCAAAGACCUCGAGCGAGUGACGAAGAUCGCAUUGGAACG